AUGGUGCAUUUCAUGUCGCUUGUUAUAAAUCUCUCCAUAUUGUCUUUGGCAUUCCCAUCUAAUACAUAUUCUCUUACAGAGUUUAAUAGUGAAGAUGGCUUCACAACCGAUCUUAUUCACAGAGACUCCUCAAUUUCUCCUCUAUACGACUCUACUGCAAGCCACGAGGAUCUUAUUAGCAAAGCCGUACAACGCUCCAAAAUCCGUGCCGAUCGUUUUGGUUUCGGUUCAUUUGCCGCGGGGAUUUCCUCACCUGAGCUGAUAGCUUCCGAUGGAGAUUAUCUAAUGAAAGUUAACCUUGGCUCACCACCCGUUGAGAUCAAUUUAGGUCUUGAUACAGGCAGUGCUUUUUCAUGGACACAGUGUGCACCAUGUGAUAAUUGCUUCCCACAAACUCUGCCUCUCUUUACUCCCAAGGCGUCUUCGACAUACAAAGCCAUGCCUGGUGAUCCGAAACAGUGCAAAGCCCUUGGAGGGAGGCCUUUCCUUAUUGGAGACAAAACGUGUAGGUACUCUGUGAACUAUUGGAACGAGUCCUACUCUCACGGAAUCAUCUCUUCAGACACACUCAGGUUGAAUUCUAUAUCAGGUUCACCUAUAGAGCAUAAAAAAUUCAUUUUUGGAUGUGGUUACGAAAAUAUGGGCACAUUCAAGAGGGACAUGACUGGCAUAAUUGGCUUGGGGAGAGGACCGGGUUUCCUUGUCACCCAAAUGCAGUCCGUUAUAGGUGGGAAGUUUUCGUAUUGCUUACUCUCUCAUAAACCAAAUAAUUCAAGAUCCAGCAAAAUUCAUUUCGGCAGCAGAGCUUUGGUUGCUGGAUCCGGGGUGGUCUCGACUGGUCUACAUUACUUCCAAAAUACCUAUGCUGCAAAGUUCAAAGGAUUAAGCGUCGGAAAAAACAAACUGGCCAUGAUCGAUACCAGUCUCUACAAUUCAUCAAAAAUCUUGGGUUUCUUUAACGAACGAAUCAUCGACUCUUGGAUCCACAUUGUCGUUCCUUCCCAAGAAAUUCUAUAA